AGAAGAUUUUGGAGCCGGGGAGAGGGGAGAGCCAUGCAAGACCACCGGCUCACCAAUGCGACUCUACCGUGCUUAUAUUCAAAAAGCAUGUAGGCUAAUCAAGAGAAAAACUCCCUCUCCCUCGUUAAAUUAUCUCAUUUAAGCUGAAGAAAAUAUUUGAAAUUUUAAAUUGUUUUGUAACUUUGAGGGAAUUAUUAAGCUAAAAGUAUCUGAAGAUUUAACAGCUGUCAACAGAUGAUGCGCGCUCGCCACCAGACGCACCAAUGAUGACUGAACUCCAAGAGGAUUUUCCUUUGGUGGAAUUACGACUUUUAACAAUCUGACGAAGAUUUGGAGGAGGUUCUAUUCUGACAAAUAGUUUCUUCUGUAUUUUCUUUUUUAAACUUUACGAGGAUGAGUGGAGGUCGGUUCGAGUUCGAUGACGGCGGCGCGUACUGCGGUGGCUGGGAGGGCGGUAAAGCGCACGGUCACGGAAUCUGCACCGGUCCGAAAGGUCAAGGCGAAUUCUCUGGCUCCUGGAAUUACGGGUUUGAGGUGGUGGGGGUGUACACAUGGCCCAGCGGGAACACCUACGAGGGCUACUGGGCUCAAGGCAAGCGCCACGGCCUGGGCGUAGAGACCAAAGGCCACUGGGUGUACAAGGGCGAGUGGACACACGGUUUUAAGGGCAGGUACGGUGUACGCAUGAGCCUCGGUAACGGCGCCAAAUACGAAGGGACGUGGAAUAACGGUUUACAGGACGGAUACGGUACCGAGACCUACGCGGAUGGAGGCACCUUCCAAGGCCAGUUCACAGGAGGAAUGCGACAUGGCUAUGGUGUGCGUCAAAGUGUUCCAUACGGCAUGGCAGCUGUGGUACGUUCUCCGUUACGUAACUCGCUCACCUCCCUGCGCAGUGAGCACAGCAACGGCACCCUGCUGCAGCAGGAUGUUCCCAUGAUCACCACAACUAAUGCCUCAGGCCAGGAAACAGUGAUGCCCAUGGGGCCCUCACGUGGCGGCUUUGCCCUUUCCCUUCAUGGUGAUCCUGAACUGGCCAGACCAAAAAAGAAGGGCCUGUUCCAACGUAGCUCGCUGCUGGGAAAGCUGACCAAGUCAGAAUCACGUACAUCUUUAUCCAGCCAGAAGAGCAAGAUCAGCUUUCUGCGCAGUGACUCGGCCCUCAGCUCGGCAGCCAGCGACGCCAACUCCACCAUCAGCUUCGGUGAUAGUGAGGCUGAGGGGGAGGGCCAUGAGUUCCCACCUGUAGAGGCUGACAUUGAUGCUACCACUACCGAGGUCUACAUGGGAGAAUGGAAGAACGAUAAGCGCUCCGGUUACGGCAUCAGUGAACGCUCCAGUGGCCUCAAGUAUGAGGGAGAGUGGCUGGACAACCAGCGCCACGGCUAUGGCUGCACCACUUUUGCUGAGGGAGGCAAAGAGGAGGGAAAGUAUGUGCACAAUGUGCUGGUGAAGGCUGUAAAGAAGAAGGUGAUUCAACUAAAGGGCGCCAAGGUCAAGCAGAAGGUGGAAAGAAGUGUCGAGGGGGCGCAGAGGGCUGCUGCCAUUGCCAAACAAAAAGCAGAAAUCGCCAAUUCUCGAACUGCCCAUGCCAAGACUAAAGGAGAAGCAGCAGAACAAGCAGCCCAAGCUUCUAACAACGAGUCCAGCAUCGCACGUGUGGUGGCCAGAGAACUUUCUCCUUCAUUCUAUCAACCAGGCCCAGAGUACCUAAAGAAGCGAGCGCUGCAGGAAAUUGCUGACAGUAAUGAAAAUGCAUACACAGACUUGCACGAGCCAAUGCUGGCUGAGGAGACCAUGUCUACACCUUCAGAGAGCACCUUUCUGCAUGAGAUGGAGAAACUGAAACCUAUUACCCCGGCUCGCACGCCAUCACCUGGUCCCACAUCAUCUGCUGCCCGGGAUUCAAACUUCCUCAGUCCUGGUAGUUGGAAUGGGGAUAAAAUCAGUCAAGGCGGCGGUGGCAGCAGCACAGGGGGAAGCCACCCAGGGAGCAGGCCAAGUAGCCGCCCCUCAACCCCAUCAUCACCUGCUGCUCCAGCUCCGGCUCCAGAACCAGUCAAGGAAGAGUUAGCAGUCCCCAGCACUAAGGGUAUAUCCCGAUCCCCCAGCCGCCAAAGCACCAAAGCUGAGCAGGGCACAGAUCUAGAGAUCAAGCCUCUGCAGAAAAUGGACCUGGAGCCCAAAUCAGCAGAACCUGUUUCAGCUCCUGUAAGGACCAGCCUUAUUUCCUCUACUGAUGAAGAUGAACCUUAUCCCUUAGUCUUCGAAGUUUCCUCCCAGGCAGUGACUUCAGAAUCUAAAGCCACUGAGAAGCGACCUGAGGCCAAGGAGCCUGUACAAGAUCAACCAGCUUUAAUAACUAAGAACAAACUGGAGGUCAACGAGGAGAGAAAAGAGCCUAACCAAGCUCCAAGACGAGAAGCAAGCCCAGCUCGAGACCCUAGUCCGGCUUCAAGACGAGACCCUAGUCCGGCUCCGAGACGAGAUCCUAGUCUGACUUCGAGGCGUGACCCAAGUCCGGCUCCAAGACGAGAUCCUAGUCCAGCUCCAAGACGAGAAACGAGACCAGCUUCAAGACAAGAAUCUAGUCCAACCACAAAACGAGACCCUAGCCCAGCUCCUAAAGCUGUGGCUAAGCCUGAACCCAAGCCAGUGCCUAAAGUAGAGCCCAAAGCUGUCACCAAAGCAAUGGCUAAGCCAGCUCCCAAAGCGGAGCUGAUGCAGAGGGCUGUAGUGGAAGCCCCUGGUGAGGUUGUAGAGUCUACAGUAACAGAAGAGGGGCCAAACACAAUUAUGAUCUGCAUGGUCAUUCUGCUAAAUAUUGGUUUGGCAAUUGUGUUUGUUCACGUCCUUUCCUGAUGAAAAAAAGACGUCUGAGUUGAGACCAUCUAUAUUGAAGACAAUGAGAGAAGCUUUGAUGGAUGUUACAUGCUUCUUCUGAAGCUGAUGUAAUACAGUUCUAGUAAAGCCCUCUGAAGCCACAUUAAAGGAGGAUGAAUACUGAAAGUGUUUGUGUAUGGUUGGUAGAGAGCUUCACUCAAUGAGAGGAAGAGUUUAUCAGAUCUAUGCUGCUUUGAAUAAAUAUUCUUACCAAAUUACCAGUGCCAUUUACUUCUUAAAAGGGCAAACAUAUUUUAUGCAAGUCAGCAUUACUGUCAUUUUAAUGACCUGACAUUUCUUAUCAAUUAUCCAUGUAUGAAGAAGGAAUUGAUCACAAUGUUAUAAGAAUGACUGACAUCUGUUUUUGACCAUUGUAACACUAAGACCACAUGAAGUCAUGAAGUCUGCAAAUAUACAAACCUUGUGUUUUGUGCUUGUUAAUGCCUUACAAAAGUGCAGACACCAUUCAUCAGUGUGUAAUAAUGCACACAUAAGAAGAUCCUAUGCAGUUCAUAUACAUUAUGCAGAAGGUCCUAUGCAGUUCAUGCAGUGAAUACGACCUUUGCACUAAGCAGUCAUUACAACCUAUACUGCUAUACAUAUAAACCUUACUCAAAUUUUAUGAGUGAAUAUAAUGGAUUCUGCUUUAAACUGCUACCAUUAAGGAUAGAUGGUACAGCAACAAGAAAAAUUUCAAGAAUUUAGAAGGUGGGUGGAUGUAUUGAAGAUUUUCUAAUGUUUUUGUCUUUUCCUAAGAAAGUGUAGUAAAGUUUUUUUUGCUCAUCACAGUAACACUGUUCUGUUUCUGAUUUACUUUGUGUCAAUAAUAUUUUCAUUUCAAACCUUUUAAAAAUGUAUCCUAAAAAGCACUGUAAUAUAAAUUUAGGUUUAAUGAGAUUGUGGAGUUUAUGCCUGUAAACAUACACACCUUGCAAUAACUACAGAAGCAGCAUAUGAAUGUAUUAAAUGUGCAAGGGGGAUCUUUAGGCUAUAGUGGUUACAGUGUAAACUUCAGCAGCAAAUUACCUUUCCCCACAAUUGUAGUAUCAUAAAAUGCUAGCCAUUUAUCUAGGGAGGCUGCCAUGUUUAUGUUUGUGAGCAAAAAAGACAUUGAUGGAGAUAGUAGGAUAGUGUGCAUUUCUGUAACCAGAGUAGAACAAGAUGUGUAAACAAGCUAGAUUUUUUGUCUAAGAUAAUGUUGUCUUAGUCUCAUCAUUCACUCUAUUGUUCAGUUCUGUUUAGAUUCUUUUUUUAAGGUGUGCUUGAUCUGGAGAACACAGUCAGACAGUUUAGCAUGUAUGUACGUAUCCAUUUAUGUACCAUUCUUAACUGGCUUCACACCUACAGCAUGUGAAUUUUUAAAGAUAAAACACAUGAAAUGUUACCCAAACAUAUUCUUUGAUUGUUUUUGUCCCCCCUUGAAUUAUAAAUGUUACCUGAAUAAUUCAUGUAAUGGAACUUCAUGUCUUAAUGUGCCCACAUUUUAUUUUUAUGAAACUUUGCUGUGAGUCCCAGUACCCAAGAACAUUACUCAGUGCGUUACAUGUAGGCUAUGAAACUAAAUUAAACUGAUAAGACUUAUAACUGCACUGGGGUGAUAUGUGGAAGCAUUAUUUUUAGGAGUGUCACCAAAAAAAUUUUAACUCAAGGAUAUUAGUAUUUAUUCUUAGGUAUGUUUUGAUAUAGACACAGAUUUUAAACUACUAAACGUAUUCAAUUGUAAGUAGCACAUUAAUUAAUUGUUUUAAAUUUUCCACACCCAUGUAGCGGAUAAUUGUGUUUGCAUAAGAAAAGAACGGUCAUGGCACACAAUUCACUAAAUGUAAUUGUAUUUUGCUGAUCAGCCCAAAUAAAUGCAAAUAAAUCUAUUUUUCAACUGA